GUUGAUUGGAAAUUGUUGUGUUGUUUUGAAGUGUUUGGUCUGCGGCGGUCAAUUUUAUGAAAUUAGAAAAAUCUCUAAUAGUUAUAAAAAGAAUUAAAAUUUAUUGCUGCCACAAAGAAACGUUCGAAAGAGCAUUAAUGAAAGACGUAGUGGCUAAAAAUAAAAGUGAAGUGUUGUGCAUAAUCAAGUGAAACGAAUGAAAUAAUAUAUAAAAGUUACGCGACAUUGAUGUGGAAAAGGAAGCUGUGAAGUAGAAGGAAAUAAAUUCUAAUGUGAAAAUCAAAUUUCGGAAAAUAUAAGAAUUUAACAAGGCAGCUAAAACUCUUGUUGUGUAUAAUAAAAAAUCGAAAAUAUAUAUAUAUUAGUGUAACUGCUUGAAAGCUGCAAGAGUUCUCAACAGCGCUAUCGGGAAAGAGCAGAUGGCAUUGUACUGCAAAAAAGUGCAUAUUAUAGAUAAAUAAAGGAAAGAAGACCUACAGAAACGCUGAAAGGCAAAAAAAAAGUGAAGUCUUUUUGUCUGCAACACUUCAACUUACCUUUAAUUUCACCAAAGUGCCCCCAAACGGCACAUAUUUCUAUUUGCGUGUUCGAUAUUUGUCGGAAAUCAGCGCACAAAUUAAGAUAUCAGAGAACAUUAGACAGCGCUGAAUUGCUAAAAUACCGCGACCACACAUACUUAUUUGCAUGGCUGAGUGUGCACAACAAAAACAAGGAAUUAAAAACAAAAGUUAGCGGAUAUAAAUUAUUCCAAUCAUUCAAGCAGUGGAACGAUCUAACAACGAUUACGCUGUACGAAGCAGCUGUCAAUAAAAGUCAAACAUCAACACAUAGUUGAAUAGCGGCGGUAAUAAUUUCGCGUGUUGCCAGUCCUCACCUGCGCAGCAACUGCUUCAACGUCGCAAAAGCCCAGAUUAGCAACAGCAGCAACAACAUGAAUAAAGCCGGCAAACAUAUACAGAGUGGUAUCGGUGUGCCCACAUCACCCAAUGCCGUCAACUCAGUCGGCGCGCUAUCCACACAAAAGAACGUCAUCAAUUCCAUAAUGAGUUUUUUACCCGACAAUCGACCCAUUACGUCGUUGCAAAUUGUCGAGGACUACGAGAAAUGCCCCAAGAAUUUCACACCCAUACAUCGUACUUAUGAUCAAGAUGCCGACGCAGAUUUAUGGCGUGAAAAUAUACUCUUCGUCCGACACACGAAUACGCGCUAUUUAUGCUUAUCAAAGACUGAGGGCUUGCCAGAGUAUGUGGUGGAGACGCUCAAAGUGAUUCCCGAAAAGACACAACCACCCAAAGAGUUUUCGCUGCUCUCACGUACCGCCGAUACGGAACAGAAGGCGUGGCGUAAACGUCAAAUCGCCUACAAACUCACCAAACGCGGCAAUGUCACACAAGCAGUCACCGACAUAAUACUUUGUUCCAAAUUGAAAGUGGCACCGGAGGGUUUCAAGUUAGCUGGCGAUAUAAAUGGUGUAUUGAUUUGUUACAAAACCAGCGCUAUUCCCAUACGUUCGCCGCCACCCAUACCGAAUGUCAUUAGUUUGAGCAAUGGCAGCAGUGAGGUGGAGAAAGCGUUAAAUCGUUUGAAUUUGAGUGGUGGUGCGGGUAAUUGGGGUGGCCCACCCAAUCAGCCGCUACCGCCUGUGCCUAGCGACCAUGACUACGAAGAAAUACAGACUUCAUAUCAAAUCAAAUCACCACAAAGGCCUGCACCACGCCCACCAAGCACUGCAAAUUGCGCCACAAACACAUCGGGACAUAGUGUCGGCACUUUGGGCGCCUACUCGGAAGUUGAGGGUGUGCCAUUUAUAAUCAAUCCAAUGCUGAAGCGUCAGACGGAUAAUGAAUUACCCACACUGCCACAAAUUGCGGACGUGCUUAAAGGACUCGAAUAUGAUUUUCAAUUAGAGCGACAAAUACUGUGCACUAUGAAAUCUUCAGCAUCGAAAAAUCCAUUCUUUAAAUAAACAACAGAAAACUAAUAUAUUAUUGAAAAAAAAAACAAGAAUUUCAAAUUAGCUGUUAUAAACAAUGUUAAGAAUUGACUCAAGAAUUUAAAACAGAUUUUGUCGCGGAAAAAUCGUGGCAUAAAAAACAAAAAAAAAAUUAAAAUAAAUAAUUAAACUUAUGCUCGAAUGCACACUAGCGUUUACAUGACUAUAGCAUAGCGUGUUUAACAAAAAGCGUUAAAAAUUACAGUAAACUAAACUGCUUUUAAACUUAAAAAAAUUAUAUUCUAAACUUUUUGUGUUCUUUAAUUUUUUUCUAGUUAUAAAAUUUACAUAUUUUUCUAUACAUUUACGUGCCACUUUACCAUAUACGAGUAUGUCCUUAAUUAUUUUCACAAUUAAUUAAAUUUUUCACAAUUUUUCUUAAACAACUUAAAUUGUAUAAAUAUUUAUAUCUAAUUAAUCAUUUCUGCAUAUGUACUUGUGCCUUCCAGCAGUGUCCAAUCAAACUAUUUUCCCUCCUAGUAGUCAUUUACCUCCAAA